GCCCUACACUGUUAGAUAAAAGCUUGCCAGAUGAUGUUGAGGAAUCUGCUAGGUAGGAGGCAAUAAGCAGGACAUACGGGGAGAGAAAGGGAGAAAGUCAUAACACAGGUGAAUGAGAAUAGACAGAAGGAAUGAUAAAGUCUGUGAUAGACAGUUGAAAUGAAAAGCAUAGUCUGUACACAGGCACAGCCAAUAUGAAAAGGUAGAGAGGGGGCAUUGGAUUCUCAAAGAGGGAGGGAGAGCAUGAGUGUAAAAGAGGAGGGGGAGAAGCGAGAGACUGGCUAGAGAAGGAGAGAGAUGGAAGAAGUGCAGCAGCUUAUACAAGAGGUGCAGUAAUCCUCCUUGUUGCUGAGAUGUCCCAGGCGUGGAACAGUUCCGUCUCAUCAGAGCUUCCCCCAGGCGGGAUUAUUGUGCCCGUGGUAUUCUCCCUAAUAUUUGCCCUGGGGACGGUGGGCAAUGGGCUAGUCCUGGCAGUGUUACUGAGGAAUGGGCAGACCAAAUACAACACCACUAACCUCUUUAUCCUGAACUUGGGCGUAGCAGACCUGUGCUUUAUUCUGCUUUGUGUCCCUUUCCAGGCCACCAUAUACACCUUGGACGGAUGGCUAUUUGGGGCUUUUCUCUGCAAAGCUGUGCACUUCUCCAUAUACCUAUCAAUGUAUGCUAGCAGCUUCACCUUGGCUGCUGUCUCAGUGGACAGGUACCUUGCCAUCCGCUACCCACUAAAAUCCAGAGACCUUCGGACCUCUCGAAAUGCUUUAGCUGCAAUAGGAGUCAUAUGGGCUCUCUCCAUUCUUUUUGCUGGACCUUACCUGAGCUACUACCACAUAAUCCUGUAUAAUCAGGUGCCCAUUUGUAUUCCCAACUGGGAAGACCGUAGAAGAAAAAUUAUGGAUGUCUCCACCUUUGUCUUUGGAUAUCUAUUACCUGUUCUUAUUUUGGGUCUGUCCUAUGCCAGAACCAUCUGUUUCCUUUGGACCUCGGUCGACCCUGUGAAGACAGCCUCGGAAUCCCGGAAAGCAAAACAUAAAGUAACCAAGAUGAUAAUCAUUGUGGCUGUGCUUUUCUGCAUCUGUUGGCUUCCUCAUCACUUGGUCAUCCUCUGCUUCUGGUUUGGACACUUUCCAUUUAACAAAGCCACCUACGCAUUCCGUCUUGUAUCCCACUGCAUGUCCUAUGCCAAUUCCUGCCUCAACCCCAUUGUUUACGCUCUUAUCUCCAAGCAUUUCCGUAAGAGAUUCAAGCAGGUUUUCACUUGCAUUCUCACCCAAAAACGGGCACGUAACAAGGUCCAUGCUGUUCAGGCAGCCAACACUGUAGCCGGCUUUUAUGCUGGACACACUGAAGUCACUCAGGUUCAAGAAGACAGUGGCCGUGGAGGAAGGGCAGCCAGGGAUGAAGGUGCUGACAGCAGCAGCCCAGAAGACUCAGUAAAUCAAAGAAUGGAGGGUGGGAGCUGGUGUAACCGUCUGCCCAAGUCUGUAGGGUUUGUGACACAAACAGCUUAAUUUUAUCUGAAAAGAAACAUAUCCAUAGGACUAAUAUUGCAUUUUAAGUGGAUUUUCAGAGUUUACUCUGAUAGAUAAGUUGCUUAUGUUUCGCACUUUAAGGAACUCAUGACUAGAGUGUAAGCUCUUGAAAGAGAUGCCUAAUGAUGCCUGCACAAGACUGUGUAAUAAGAUAUCUUUGAAAACGAUCAAGAGGGGUUUCCAACCCCAACUGUCAAGUAUGGGCUCAUUUAGUGGGAAACUUAUUCUUGAGAAUCCUUCUUGUUACUCUCUGAUGUGACUUUCACAUUGAGAAGUAAUAUCAAUACCAGAACUUCAGUAUUCUCCUUAUUCUGCUGCUAAACCAUGAUGGGAAAAGUGCAUUUCUUAAAGUUCUUACUGAACUAACCAGAUAUUUCUUUCAAACAGCUGGAGACAAAGCUCUUUAGAUUUUGGACUUUUUCUUUUUUGAGAAAUGCAGAUGAAAGCAAAUGGAUUUCAAUGAUUUUUUUUUACACAAAGUUCUAACGUUGAUUAAAAGUAGAAGAUGACUCUGUUAAGAGCUGAGCGUUUCUAACGGACUCAUUAACAAGUAGAUUGAUUGAAAAUGUGUCUCCAGUGCCGUGUGUGAUUCCAUAUAAGCGUAAAAGUAAAAUCAUUCGAGAGAGAAGGGGCAAAACAGUUUUCUAUAGUAAAAAUAUGAAUUGCAAAAGGAUAAUGUCUUUUGAUGGAGACUUUUCCCUUGAAAUAAAUGGUGAAAAUUAGAGAUGUUUAAAUGCCUUCUGGCUCCUAAGAAUGACAGCAAAGUAAUUAAAGACAUUUUAUCUCCUAAUGGCAUCGCACCAUUGGAAGACAUAUUUAAUCUUAACUGAAGCACUAAUGAAUUCUUGUCGGAGUGCCUGACAGCAGUGAAUACAUAUGUGGUUCAGUCUUUGCCUUCAUUUUCUUGAUGUACAGUACUAGUUCCAUCCCUGUUUGUAAAUGCAUACUUGUUUAUUAUAAGAGGGGAUGUGCACUAUGUAAUUAUAAUUGCCGGAGCACACACCACUUUUCACUCUUCUACUACCUUUUCAGGGGUUUAACCCUUCUGUCCUCUCAUCCUCUUGCUGUACAGAAGACUUUCUCGCCUGCACAUCCUUGCUAAUGUAAAUAAAGUGGAUAUGACUCA